AUGGGAUUUGGAGACUUCGAAGAUGUCUGCCAGCGAGCACCGGUGCCUUUAUGCUCAGUCGUGGGCCACUACUCAACUGUCACCGGCUCAUUUGGCAUCGAAGCAGAUUGUUAUGCGCGCAACAUCGACGUCGGCAACACCAUCAUCUUCCAAGGCGCCGCAUGCUUCAUGCACAUAAUCGCACUCAUAAUGACAGUAAUUAUGAUCUUGCAUGUCCGGAGUAAAUUCACAGCCGUCGGCCGCAAAGAAAUCAUCGCCUUCUUCUAUAUCUACAUGCUACUUACAUUCUUCUCGCUCAUUCUGGACUCUGGGGUCGUUCCCCCCGGCAAUGGCGCAUAUCCCUACUUCGCCGCUGUUCAGAAUGGCCUCAUAUCCGCGCUCUCCGUCUGCCUUCUCAUUAACGGUUUCGUAGGCUUUCAGAUCUACGAGGAUGGUACUACGCUAUCCGUCUGGCUAGUCCGUACCGUCAGCUUUGCAUUCUUCAUCAUCACGGGUAUAAUAUCGCUAGCUACGUUCAAAAGCUGGGCGGGCCUGAGCCCUACAAAUACAGUUGGGCUGUUCGUGGUGCUGUAUAUUCUGUCUGGCAUUGCAUUGGUCGUAUACUUUAUCAUGCAGGUUCUUCUUGUUAUGGGUACUCUUGAGGAGCGCUGGCCACUGGGAGAUCUCGCUUUCGGGGCAUUCUUUUUCGUCAUUGGACAGGUUAUCCUGUAUGUCUUCAGCAACACGAUCUGCAACGCAGUGCAACAUUACCUGGAUGGGCUUUUCUUUGCUACUAUUUGUAACUUACUGGCUGUCAUGAUGGUUUACAAGUACUGGGAUUCCAUCACACGUGAAGAUCUCGAAUUCUCCGUGGGCACAAAGCAAAACAACUGGGAUGUUAAAGAGCCUUUCCUUGAAGACGAUCGCCGCGCUACUAUGUACCAAGACACCGAUUCUACAUACAUGGCUCCAGCACACCAUGGACAAGGGGGACGGAACUCGAGUUAUGGGGGCCUUGCAUACUAA